AGAUUCAGAUCUUUGCCCUGACACCAAAACCAGUCACCAAACACUCCAUAAUAAGCCAUUGAUUAAAAAAAAAAGCACCAAACUCUGCAAAAAGUUCUCUCUCUUCUUUUUCUUGGUCUCUGUUUCUGUCUCUGUUUCUCUGCUUUUCUCUGCCUUCUGGUUUUUUCACAAUAACCGUAACCAUGUCGAUGUCAAUGGCAACUUCAAACCACACUCUCUUCCUCCACAACCCCACCAACCUCACCAACACCACCAACCUUUUCCCAAUAACCACCACACGCACCGCCACCACCACCUUCAAACCUAUCUCCAUCAAAUGCACCGCCACCACCCGAACCCAAGCGCCACCACAAGCCUCCACCCAGUUCCAAGAUCGGGUCUUCAACUUCGCCGCCGGCCCCGCUACCCUCCCCGAGAAUGUCCUCCUGAAGGCCCAAUCGGAGCUCUACAACUGGCGCGGCUCAGGAAUGAGCGUCAUGGAGAUGAGCCACAGAGGAAAAGAAUUCCUCUCAAUAAUCCAAAAAGCAGAGUCAGAUCUGCGAACCCUCCUCAAUAUUCCGUCGGAAUAUUCCGUCCUCUUCCUCCAAGGGGGCGCCACCACCCAAUUCGCCGCCAUCCCCUUAAACCUCUGCACCCCACAAGACACCGUUGAUUACGUCGUCACCGGUUCUUGGUCUGACAAAGCAUUCAAGGAAGCACAGAAAUACUGCAAACCGAAGGUGAUCUGGUCUGGGAAAUCCGAAAAAUACACAAAGAUUCCAUCUUUUUCUGGUUUGAAUCAAUCCACGGACGCCAGGUAUUUGCAUAUUUGCGCCAAUGAAACAAUUCAUGGUGUGGAGUUCAAGGAUUACCCUACACCCAAAAACGGUGUUCUUGUUGCUGAUAUGUCCUCAAAUUUUUGCUCCAAGCCUGUGGAUGUGUCUAGGUUUGGUUUGAUCUAUGCUGGUGCACAAAAGAAUGUGGGUCCCUCCGGGGUCACCAUUGUGAUCAUAAGGAAAGAUCUGAUUGGAAAUGCUCAGGGUUUGACACCUGUGAUGCUGGACUACAAGAUCCAUGAUGAGAACAAUUCACUGUAUAACACGCCUCCAUGCUAUGGAAUCUACAUGUGUGGUUUGGUGUUUGAGGAUCUUGUGGAGCAAGGUGGGUUGAAGGAGGUUGAGAAGAAGAACAAGAAGAAGGCUGAGAUUUUGUACAAUGCAAUUGAUGACAGCAAAGGGUUCUUUAGGUGCCCUGUUGAUAAGUCUGUCAGGUCAUUGAUGAAUGUGCCUUUCACUUUGGAGAAGGCUGAGUUGGAGGUUGAGUUCAUUAAGGAAGCUGCUAAGGAGAAGAUGGUGCAGCUCAAAGGCCAUAGGUCAGUUGGAGGAAUGAGGGCUUCGAUUUACAAUGCUAUGCCUUUGGCUGGUGUUGAGAAGUUGGUGGCUUUCAUGAAGGAUUUCCAAGCAAGGCAUGCUUAGAAGCUUCAAAAGGAAGAAGGAAAGGAAUACACUUUUAUUCCCCAUGCUUUUGUCUUUUUUGCUACUACACUCCAUAAAGUAUCACCUAUGGUUCAAGGUUUUUGGCUGAUUUUGAUUUGGCUAUUAGUUAGAUAUGUCUACUUUUUAUGUUUUUUAGUGGUAUGUUUGAUUUUGAAAUUUGGGUCGGCAGGGAAGUGCUUUCAUUGCACUUUGCUAUUAUUGUCGGCUACAAAGUUAAGUAUAGCUUAGGUUCCAACUUAUGCUUGUUUGGGUUGAGUCUCAUGUGAUAUUUUAUUGGAUGUUAGAUAAAAUAUAUUCUCAAUAAAUUGAAUGAGGAUGAUAAAACAUGUUGAAUUACUGUGCUA